AUGGAUGAGAAGAAAUUAGCAGUCGAGGCUACCUCGAAUAACCCUGUGAGCGUUUCUAAUCCGACUCCUAUUCAGGCAGAAGGACAAUCAGUGGCGUCCUCUAGAGAUCUCGACGACGCAUACGAUCUCUAUCGAAGACAAGAUGCCGUCGGUCUCGAUCCUCAUGAAGCACGUCAGGUGCUACGAAAAAUCGACUGGCACAUUUUACCACUUCUGAUGGGAACUUAUCUACUUCAAUACCUUGACAAGUCAAGCGUCAACUUUGCAAGUGUUUUUGGAUUAAGGCAAGGGACGAAUCUGCAUGGCCAGGAUUACUCGUGGUCCUUAUCUAUAUUUUACUUCGGAUACUUGGUGGCGCAAUGGCCAGCUGGCUAUCUCCUGCAAAGGCUCCCAGCUGGGAAGUUCAUCGGUAGCAGCAUUCUAGUUUGGGGUAUGCUCACCAUUGUUACCCCAGCAUGCAAGAAUUUCGCCGGGAUAGCAGUGAACCGCUUCUUGCUCGGAUGCUUCGAGGCAGUAGUGAAUCCGGGCUUCGUGCUCGUCCUUUCAAUGUGGUGGAGACAGGAUGAACAGCCCAUGCGAUUGACGACUUACUACAGUAUGAACGGUAUCGCUGGGAUUUGUGGCGGUCUGCUUGGCUAUGCUGGUCUGCCUCCAUGGAUGUACAUCUUUCUUGUGUUCGGUUCUAUAAGCUUGGCUUGGGGCAUCAUCUUCCUAAUCUUCAUGCCUGAUAUUCCUUCGACGGCGCGGUUUCUGAACGAAAAGCAGAGAAUUAUCGCAGUUGAACGAGUAGCUAAGAACAGACAAGGAGUGAAGAACCACCAUUUCAAAACCUAUCAAAUGUGGCAGUGUCUCCUGGAUCCAAAGACGUGGAUUUUGUUUGUCAUGGCCAUCGCAGCGCAAAUUCCAAAUGCUGCCCAGUCAAGUUUCACAUCCAUAAUUCUAGAGACAUUUGGCUUUGAUGUGCUCCAGACGCAGUACUUGCAAAUACCGGGGAAUUUAGUACAAUUCUUUUCCCUUCUCCUAUCUGGUUGGGUCAGCUCUCGAUUUCCAAACAUGCGCUGCGCGGUCAUGUUAGUGGGUAACUUGAUCUGCGUCGGUUGUGGUGCAGCUCUUGUCGGAUUACCGGUUGGUCCUGAUGGCACACAGAAUAGAUGGGGACGGCUAGUUGCGCUCUGGCUGUGCUCAUUCCAAUCUGUAGGUUUUAGUUUGAGCUUGACGAUGGUGAGUAGCAACGUGGCCGGAUAUACCAAGAAACAGCUCACAGGAGCUUUCCUGUUCGUGGGCUAUUGUGUUGGGAACAUAAUAGGGCCGCAAACUUUUAUCGAAACAGAGGCACCGUUCUAUACCUCGGCGUACAUUGCGAUUCUCAUCGGCUAUUCUGUGAAGACGGUAAUGGUCGUCGUAUUGUACGUAUAUAUGUGGUCGGUAAACAGGAAACGGGAUCGUGAAGCUGCCCUAGAGGGCUCUGGACUUUCGGAGGAACAAGAGAAACAAGCGAUUGAACAAGGAAUGCAGGAUGUUACUGAGUUGGAUAACAAGGGCUUUAGAUACGUUCUAUAA